GUUAACCACUUGUUGCGACGUCUGUUGCUGCUUUGUUUUCAAGAGUUCAAGGAAAAUAUUUACAAAACACAGCUGAAAGAUAUGGAGGACUUUCACAAACGGUACACUAGAAUAUGUAGGGAACAACAUACGUACCCGUUAGAUGCUGUUUUAAAUCACAUUCGGCGUUAUUUGGAUAGCGGAUUGUCUGGCGAAGAGAGCGUGAAUGAUGCAGAGGAGAUGGCGAAGUUAGAUCUUUCUGGUUACAACCUAACACCAGACGAUUGUAACGCCUUAGCUACGGCACUUGCAGAUGAUCUAUUCUUUGAAGAGCUCAAUCUUUCCGACUGUUUGCUUAGCGAGGAAUCAAGCAAAAUACUUCUUCGCGGUUUGAUGGACAACCAAGCUAUCAAAAGAUUGAGUUUGAAAGGCAACAACAUUCGUUCGGGAGCUGCAGAAAUGUUAGGACAGUUUCUCAAGAAAAAUACCUGUGUUCGAAGCCUUCUUGUUGAAUGGAACGCGCUUGGUUUGUGGGACAGUGGAAUGAGGGCUAUUUGCGAGGGUCUGGCGAUAAAUCAAGUGUUGUUGUUCCUUGAUUUGAGAAACAAUCAGAUCACACAUGAAGGGGCUAAUCAUCUUGCUGUAGCAUUGAAAAGAAACCAUUGUUUAAGAGGCCUGGAUUUGAGAUGGAAUAACAUUGGUCUUCUUGGGGGAAGAGAGCUGCUGGAAGCCUUAAAAUAUAACAAAAGACUUGUAGGAUUAGAACUAACAGGUAAAAAUAAUAUACGUGCGAGGGUGCUGCCUAAAAAAUUUUUUUGGGAACCUUUCGGUCUGAUAACCUAAAAUAAAAAGUUAGCAGCCCGAGCCACAUUUCUAGGAGCCCAUUGUUCAAUAAAAUUUUAAUUAAAAAUAUAAGUAAGCAGAUGCUCGAAACUUGAUUCAUGAGUGUUGAAACUCGAGUUGUUUGAGUUUCGGAUUUCCAGAAAAGGGCUUGUUUGCUUACUUUUAUCAGGGGACAAUUUUUGCCUAAGGUCAAUGAAGACACAUUUAAUGUUUUCAUUUCAAAUUGCAAAAUGAGCAGGGAAUUCUGUCAUUCGUUAAUGGGAAGUAGGCAUAGAGGCUAUUGCCAUAAGAAUCAUUUAGGCAUCCAUGCGGGCUCCUUGUUUAAAAUUUUAGUCGCCUGUGAGCAAAUUGAAGGAGCCUCUGGCAACCGGGCGCCAGUUAGGCAGCAACCAGGACAUGUACAGGGAAUUAUACACCACUCCCCUCUACCACCACCGGUAUUGGCAGCCAGGUGUCACUGUCAGCGUGCAAAGAAAGUUGUGUCCGAUAGCCCGGGGCCAGUGGAUUUCGCUAUCGGGCUAGUGACUUUUGUUCUUAACUUGCCCAACGGGCAAGGGCUGUGUUUUGGGGAAAUUCAAAUUACAGAAGGAUUGCAAUCAAUCCUGCUAAUCAAAAAGCCAGGUUUUGGAGCUAGUUGAAAUGAAUUGAGGGCUAGUACAUGUUAGCUACAACUUGUCCGAAUGGCAGGCUGUAAAACUGACUUUCUUUGCACCCUGCACUAUACAGUCAACCACCGUUAUUACGGACACUAAGGGGGCCAUAGAAAGUGUCAGAAUUAAUGGGCUGUGCGUAUUAAGUGGGUCAUGUUAAAAAUGCUCCUUUUAAUAUAACAAAAUACUAAAGAAAUAUAUUAACAGGACAUAAGCAUUGUCAAAUUUAUUACAGCACACAGUGUCCGCAUUAGCAAAGUUGACUUUCUAUGAGAAUCUGUUCAUUGGGCAUGAAACAAGUGUCCUUUGACCACAUAAACUGGUGUCAGUAUUAAUCAGAGGUUGAAUUUAGAAAAAAUCUAUGGGCUUUGCACAAGGACACUGCAAACUAUCUGUAAUAAUGAGGUGUCUAUAUUAAGUGGGUGUCUGUUAAGAGCAUUUUGACUGUACCAUAUCUUUUAGCUGCAAUUCUUUCAGAAGGGAUGCUUGACAUUACUAGGAGACUGAACUCUGAGUUUUUACGUUGGUUUUUUUUCCACAGAAUAAGAUCACUUUGUUCCCUUUGUAGCAAAAUUUAAUAAUUCAAAUAAUUUUACAGUAAGUCAUAGUUAACAUAAUGUCAAUUUUAUGACAUUUAUCUUUUACAGGUAACAACAUUCCUCAUGAUAUUGUCAAUGCUUUGUCUGUUGCCAUUCAACAGAACAGUGACAGACAGGUAACAUUUGAGGAGCACAGGCAAAAGACUGAAGCUUUAACAAGAGAAUUAGAAAUGGCUCAGGAACGUAAACAACAAGAGGUAUGAAUCCAUCUGUUCAAGAUCAUUUUGCACAGAACAAUGAUAUCAUAAUAAUUAUGAUAUUAUUUUAUUUAUUAUUACCUGUUGUCUGGUUGAUUGUCGCCAAGAACAGUACUAUUUAUUCAUGAAAUCUACGACAAUGUUUCCACAACCUUGGCUAAAGUUAUUGUCAGAGUCAAACACCGAUGAUAUUUGCAAAGGGUUUUCUUGUUGCUGUUGUUUUUAACUUUUUCUCAAACUCAUCAAUAAUUUGUAAAGAAAAUAGAAAGGAAAUUAAUGUUGAAUGAGUGUUUGGAAACCAGAUGAAAAACUGUUCAUUUUUGCAUCCUUAAUUUCUCCUGCUAAAAUCAUUUUGUUUGAGAAGUAAUAUCAAGCAUUUGACUCAGUGUUUCAUCACCAGAUGAAACACCUCGAAAAUUGUCAAAAAUACUUGCUGGCAUCGUAUUUUCAACUCUCUUCUUGGUGUUUGAUCUGGUGAUGAAACACGGCGUCUCAUGCUUGAUAUAUUACUUGAAAGUCUUUCACUAAGGAAAAUAAAAUUUAAUGUUUUCUUCCUAAUUGAAGUGGAGCAUUUAAUGCUUUGUUUUUGGCAAGGAGACCUCAACAAACCACCAGACUUGCGGGUUGUCAGUUGUCAGAAACUGUUAGUGAAAUUGCAUGUUAGUCACCUUAAUGAGUGCCUCUACCAACUUUUUUUGAGAAAGGGAAUUUUUUAGAAACUUUUAAGGCUAAAUUUUUUUUUCGUGCACCUGUUCUGCUGAUUGUGAAAUUGACAGGCUCAUAUGUGAUGUCAUAAGGUAAAUUAAUUCAGGAACUGAUUAAAUUGGGAUUUUAUGCAUGGCUAUCCCCUUCUUAGAGUCACCAGUGUUGUUGCAUCUAAUUAUAAUGCAUCUUACCGACAGGUGGUUGAUUAAUAAUAUUGUUCUGGAAUCUCUUUUGUUUGCAGGUUUCAAGUUUAAGAGAAGAAAUUGACAAGCAGAGAUCGAGUCAUGAACUUCUGACAAGAAGCACACAAAAUCAGAUAGAUCAUUUAAAGUCAGCGUUGGAAGAACGAAAAGCAGCAUUUGAUUCUUUGUCAUCAAAACUCUCGUCCGCUGAGUCUGAAUUGCUUCUUUCAAAGAAAACCAUCUCUGAACAAAAAGUUGUUGUAAAGAAGUUGGGCACUGAACUGCAAGACGAAAAAGAACAGAAGGCCAUGGCAGAAAAACAGCAAAAAAAGAAAUAUAACGAGGUGCUGGAGAAAAACCAAGAGCUAGAAAACAUCAUCAGUGUCCUUGAGCGAAAAAACAAGAGCUUGGAGAAUAAGAUACGGUCUUUAGAAGAGGAUAUGGAGAGAAUGGAAAGACAGUUUGCUGAGAGAGGAAAAGCUAGUGAUCAAAAAUUUCAGGAAGAACUCCUCAGCACAGAAAACAGGUUGCAAAAAGAACUGAAUCAACUGCAGCAAAAGGCUUUAGAAUAUCGAGAAGCUUCAAGGGAGAAAGUGAAGAAGUUAGAGGAAGAUAAGACUGCUUUUGAAGAGGAAAUAAGCAGCUUGAAAUCUCAGUUAGUCUCUCUAAAACUGACAUCAGAUGAGGAACUAAGGAAUACCAAAACAAGAUUAAAGCAGGAGGAAAUAACUCGGUCAAGGCAAUAUGAUGAACAUAUUUCCCAGGUUCAAGCUGCACAGAAUGAGCUACAAAUACAGAGUACAAAACAGCUGGCACAAAUCACAGAUUUGCAGUCACAGCUUAACACAGUAAACAGAGAUAAUGAGGCUUCUAAGAGACAACUGGAAACACGUAAACAACAGCUAGAGCGCAAGGAUGCAGAUUAUAGGAAUGAAGUUAGUCGAUCAAGAAUUGAACUUGAUUCGGAGAGAAAGACACAUGCUGAGCUAAGAGACAAGAUUUCUGACUUAGAGGAUAAAAUCUCUGAUAUGUCCCGAAAACACAAGGAUGCUAUCUCAUUGAAAGAUAAUCAGUUGGAGCUGUUAAAUGAGCAACUGAGAGCCAAAGAAAAUGACAUCAAAAGAAUUCAUGAUGAAGAAAUGAAGAGGGCAGAACUUUUGGAGAAAGCGAUUUAUAGUUAUGUGUCAAGCAUAAAAAAUGCCUCUCGACCUGGCUCACCAUACAGAACUUAG